CAGGAAUAUAAGUAAAUACUAAGACACAAAACUGAUACUAUUUUCUUGCUCUAGAGAAUUGAGAUGGGGGACCCCUUGUCCCCCUUUCUUGUUAUUUUGGUUAUGGAAGUAUUGAGCAGACUGAUGCUGAGGGUAGGGGGACUUGAGUACUGGUUUAUAUUUAUUAUUUCCUGUCUUAUUUUGUCAGCAGAGGGAGGUGCAUCUGAGGUUAUUGAGUGUAUACUAUUGUGUUGGGAGGCUGUUGCAGACUUGAAAAUGUACCUCGCCAAGAGAGAGACAAUACCCAGGGCGUAGGGUUGAGGUUGGCUGGAAAUUUGGCAGCAAUGGUGGGGCGUAGGGUCCAAGUACAAGACAAAGGUCGUAUGGAUUACAGUGGUGGAGAGGUUUCAUGGGAGGGUGUGUGGACUGUUGAGGGAUGGGAACUGGGGUUGAGGAAGAUGCAAAAUUUCAACCCGGAGUUGCUUGGCAAAUGGCUAUGGAGAUUAGCAAGUGGAGUGAGGAGUGUUAUGGAGGAGGGUGGUGAUGACGAGGCAUGGGUGUGGAUGGGUAGGGGGUAUUCAUGGGUGAUAUUUGGGGGGCUUAAGGAGUAG